AAUGUCAAAUUCUGCUUUCAUCUUAAAAUUGGUGAAAACAUUGCUGGUUAUUGUUGUUUCUAUAAUUACAAUGCGUCUAUUAAGUGACUAAAAUGGACCAACAAUUUUCAUUGUCUUGGAACAACUUCCACGGAAAUUUAAGUAAAGGUUUUGCUGGCUUACUAGGAAAUGGUGAAUUUGUGGAUGUGACUAUCGCAGUUGAAGGUCAUUUACUACAAGCGCAUAAAGUUAUAUUAUCGAUAUGUUCGCCUUAUUUCAAAAAAAUGUUUCAAUUAAAUCCGUGUCAGCACCCAAUUGUUGUGUUGCGGGAUGUCACUCACAAGGCAAUGAGAGAUUUAUUGCAGUUCAUGUACCAUGGAGAAGUAAGCGUCAAAAGGGAAGAUCUGACCAGCUUUAUAGGUACAGCUGAAGUGUUGCAAAUCAAGGGUUUAACAAAUAAAGAGACUGAAGAGGAUGUAUUUGAGGCAGAUAAAGAAUUAACAAAACAAAAUGUAACAAGUCAAAAUGAUAGUCGUGAUGCAGAAUCUUGUACAUCCGAUAUGUUUGACUCCACUGCUAAUGAAAUAUCUGAUAACAACGACAUAGAUUUAGUUAAACAAAGACAAUUUAUUGAAAAACUGCAAAGGCUGAGUAGCUUAAAAAGAAAAUCAGAAGAAUUCCUACAGAAAAAUUAUUACUCUGAUAUACUCAAUUCAGAGAAGAGACCUAAGAUAUGUGAGAAAGUAACUAAUAAAAUGGAUAAUAAUUUAAUGCAAAGAAACAGUUUUGAUAAUGUCAAAAGUAUUUAUGAAGAAACUCCUGUAGAAAUUACAACAUCUUUAAAUCCAAAUGUUGAAAAACCAGUGGAUAAAGAAUCUUCAGAUGGCAAAAAUCCAUUAGUAAUAGAACAUGUAACAGAUUUAAAAACAGAAUGUGAUGAUAGCGAUAUUAUUGUAUCGGAUCCAGCGGUUUGCACUACUCCUAAAAGUUACGAAAGCUCGAGGGAUUUGAAAAAAAGCUUGAUAGUACCACUGGAGUACCAAUCUCCUCAAGAAAAUUGUACCGGGUUGAGCUCGUUAUUUAUGGAUCUAAAAAAUUUAGUUAACGGUAAAGUAACUAAUGCAUUGAAGACUGGAGAGAUUCCAAGAUAUGUUAUGGAACAUCGUCUUGUUACCAUUCCACAAAAGGAAGAUGGGAAAAAAAAAUAUCCUCAAAGAUCCUGUAGACUUUGUUGGAGAAUUGGCAAACGACGUGACACUCGCUUUAUGUGUAGUGCUUGUGAACUGCCUUUUUGUAAAUCACCAUGUUUUGAAAUACAUUUUAAUGACAUGUUUAAAGUGUCACAAUUGCAGGGAGAUUAUUUUGCACCUUAGUCCUUAAGAUUCAUACUCGCUUUUAUACCUCUCAAGAGAAUUAGUCUUAAGUAUAAUAUAUUAUUAAAAUCACAAGUGAUACUGCGAAAUAUUUAAAAUCAAUGAAUCAUAGAUUCAAUAGAUUUUGGGGACCAAAUUAAAAAAAUAUGGAAGUAUUUAUUCUAAAACUUAAAGUUACUAUAAAGUUAAAACAGAAAUUUAUAUAUUUGCAUUUUAAAGAUUUAUAAGCACAAUAAUAAAAUUGUCAGUAAUGCCUGUGAUAAUUGUAAUUUUCCCUAGAGUGCCAACACUGUACUGCUUUUUAUUCCUUUUGUAUAAAAUGAUUCGUGCCAUCAAUCCUCUGCCAUAUUUUCAAGACUUUAUUGCUCAUAUUCUAGUCUAUUUAUUAUAUUAAGUAAUGUUUAACAUAAGAAAUUUGAAAUUUUUACACAUGUGAUGGUAGAACUUACUUCUUCCCAGUGAUUAAAACGUAAUCUUGUAAAACAGUGAUCUCUGUAUUGGUAGAGCUAUUUUUUUGUCUUUUAAGAAGUAAUUCACAUUCCUAAAUGUGAUAGCCAUAUUUUAAUAAAAAGGAAAUGGCUGAGAUCUUUAGUAUAUAAGAAUAAUAUUAUAUUUUUGUAAUACUUGCGUGAUGUUUGAGAAAGUACACUGAGUGUUUUUAAAGAUAAUAAAUCAUGUGUACAGAA